AUUUGAAUUGAUCUCUGUAUUGAUAUUCCCACAAGUGCGACAUGGAUUUUCUGAUCGCCUACUUCACUGCCCGAUCAGCGCUCUCGUUGUUAGCUCUGACGCUCGCGCUCCUGCUUGCUGCUCGACUACGAAACAGUAAAGCGACAGUCCCAAAGACCUUGCCAUGGGUGGGGAAACCGACUGGUCCCUUAGCUGAGACUCGAGCAAGUUAUGCCAGCUUCAACAAUGUCCGCCAAUGGUUGGCGGAAGGAUAUGCAAAAUAUUCGAAGAAGGGCAAGUCAUAUAUCUUUCCUGACUUCUCUGGAAAGCCGACCAUCAUCAUACCGAACGAUAAGCUGCGCUGGUUGAUCGAUAACUCAGACGAUGUCGCCAGUGUCGCGGCUGUUCAUUACGAUUUGCUGGCUGGCGACUACAAUUUCACCUCUCCACAUAUCCUCAAAACGUUGUACCAUGAGCAUGUGGUACAUCGUAGUCUAGCCAGGAACCUCGACGAUGUCAUUCCAGGAACGUGGGAUGAGAUUCAGCAUGCUUUCAGGGACACCUGGGGCACUGAUACCAAAGUGUGGAAGGACAUUUGCGUGUUCGACAAUCUGAUGCAGACCAUUGCGCGGGUCUCAAACCGUAUGUUCGUUGGCCUUCCUCUCUGCCGCAACAAGACUUACCUUUCCAACAUGGGCGCUUUCGCUCAAGAUGUCAUUCUUUGCAUGACCCUCCUCAACUUCACGCCUGCAUUCACGAAGCCGCUUUUUGGACGCAUCUUCUCGAUACCUAACAUGAUUCAUUACAAGCGCACGUCCAGACUUACCGUUCCCAUCAUCGCUCAGCGUAUCGAAGAUAUCAACAACAAACGCGAGGUACCCAACGACUAUUUGACAUGGCACAUCAAGCUCGCGAAUGCCGAGAGCAGACCUGAAGAAGCGACACCAGAGAUGAUAGCAAGGUACUUGAUGCCCCUGAACUUUGCAGCCAUCCAUACCACGACGUUCACCAUCGUGAACACUUUCUUCGACAUUCUGGGCUCUGAGCCUAGCAAGGAGGUGCUGGAGGGUCUUCGUGAAGAAGCUGAGCGUGUGUUUGCAGAGGCCAAUGGUGUGUGGACGAAAGCAUCACUGAGCAAGCUUGUACGCGCAGACUCGGCAAUCAAAGAAAGCAUGCGUGUCAGCAACUUUGCGACGCAAGGUGUGCAACGCAAAGUGGUCGCAAGAGAAGGACUCAUGAACAGCGAAGAGGGUUGGACGGCACCGUAUGGCUCAAUCAUCGGCAUCGACGUACACAGUGUGCACCACGAUCCCGACGUGUAUCCUGAGCCCAACACAUACGACGCAUUCCGCUUCUCGAGACCUAGAGAAGGAUUCGAAGCAGGUGCUGGCGGGGACAAAGACGCACGAGGCUCUCUGGGCAUGAAGAACAUGGGCAUGAUCACGACCAGCGACACUUUUGUGCCUUUCGGGCACGGCAGGCACGCGUGGUAAGAUGAUGUCUCUCGCCUGUGAAACCUCCGACUGACCGUUGACUAGUCCUGGCCGCUUCUUUGUGAACCACGAACUCAAGAUGUUACUGGCGCACGUAGUCAUGAACUACGAUGUGCAGUACCUCUCGGAGCGACCAGAGAACCAGUGGUUCGGAGCGAACGUGAUCCCGCCCAUGAAGACCUGUAUCAAGGUGCGCCACAGGUCUGGCACGACGCAGGGACAGUAGACAUCCUGACUCAUAUGCCCAUACACUUCCUUCUCUUUCCCGUGUCCGUGA